AUGGGUGACCUCUUGAGAAGUUUUCCUAAGAAGUAUGCGAGUGAGGACAAAGCACUCUGGAAACACAUGUGUUGGUCUAUAGGGCCAGUCGUUAGUGCAGGAAGCAGCCAGAGUGAAGAACUCGUGUAUAAGAGCCAUCAUUCUAAGAAUUAUAGUUACAUCAUUAAUUGUUUGGACAGUGCACACAAUUUUCCAUUUGCAAGAAAUAGGAUUGUGGAACUAUACAUUUGGGUAUUAGGUGUCUAUUAUGAACCCCAAUACUCUUUUGCAAGAAAUAUUUUAGUGAAGAUCGUAGCCCUUACCUCAAUCGCUGAUGAUAUUUAUGAUUCAUAUGGUAUAUUUGAAGAACAUAAGCUCCUUAUUGAAGCAAUUGACAGGUGGGACAAAAAUAGUAUGAAUAAACUCCAUCCAGAAUACUUGCAGAAAUAUUAUAAGAUACUUUUGCAAUCUUUAGAGGAAUUUGAACAAGAGUUUGAAAAGGAGGAAACUUACAAAGUUUACUAUGGAAAAGAAACGUUUAAAAGAUUAUUAAGAGGUUAUUUUGAGGAAGCCCAAUGGUUGAAUGAAGGAUAUAUGCCAAGUUUGGAGGAGCAUUUGAAAGUUUCUUUGGUUACUUCUGGUUAUUUCAUGUUGAUGGCUUCCUCUUUAGUUGGAAUGAAAAGUAACAAUAUUGUAACCAAACAAGUUUUUGAGUGGCUCUCCAAAGACCCCAAGAUUGCUAGGGCAACCGCUAGUGUUUGUAGGUACAUGGAUGAUGUGGCUGGUCACAAGAAUGAGCAAGAGAGAAAUCAUAUACCAUCUACAAUAGAAUGUUACAUGAAGCAAUAUGACGUAUCAGAAGAAGAAGCAUGUGAUGAAAUGAAUAGGCGAGUGGUUAUUGCAUGGAAAGAAAUAAAUGAAGAGUUUCUGAAACCAACUGAAGCAGCUUCACCUAUAUUAGUUCGUGCUCUGAAUCUUGCUAGGGUUAUAGAUCUUCUCUACAAAAAUGGUGAUAACUAUACACAAGUUGGAAAAGUCACUAAAGAUAGUGUUGCUGUCUUGCUCAUUGAUCCAAUUCCAUAAUAAAUUUAGCUCUCAUACUUUAUAUA